AUGCACAUCACCAACCCCAUCCUUGCAAUCGUCGCAGCCGCAUCCCUCACGAGAGCUCUCCCGAGCUCAAGCACACCACCAAAAAGCAACCCGAUCAAGUCACAAGACAUCGUCGCAACACUAGCCGGCACAUAUACCCUUGUCAACACCAGCAGCACCCUGAAUGAUGUUCCUGUUCCGGAUGCUGCCUACGGCGCCGCCCCAGUCGGCAUCCUCACCUACUCGAAAUCCGGCUACAUGUCCGCAACCAUAACCGCGACGGAACCCCAGCUACAGCCUAAUCUGACCUUUCCCUUCCAAGCCAGUGACCUAGACUCAGACUGGGCGCUCAUCGGCAAGCAUAGCAUUGGUUACGCGGGGCCGUUUAGAGUGAACGAGGCACUUCCUGCGAACAAGACCAGUGGGCAGGUUUUCCAUGGGCCACUGGUAGUGGCAAAUGUGCCGACUUGGGUGGGUACGGAACAAAAGAGGAACUAUACGGUUGUGAGAGAGGGGAGGGAUACGCUGUUGAGGAUCGGGAGUGAGAGAGGCGGAGGACACAAGGGUGUGCUUUGGUGGAAGAGGAUUGACUGA